AUGGGUAGGCAGCAUAAUGGAAACGAUCCCACUGUGGUUUCCUCCUCCAUUGCUCUUCUUCAAGAAAGGUUCAGGCAGCUGCAGAGAGUGAGGGAGAAGAGAGAAGAGAGAGAGCUUCUUAAACUCUUCUCCGCCGCCGAGUCUGAGAGGACGCCGCCCGGUCGUUAUGAUCCUAACAGGUUGUCUCUCCAGCCUCCUCCGGAGAUGAUCGCAACCACGACGACGCGCAGGGUGCAGGUGUUUGAUCCAGACUCAUCUGUCUCCUUAGGACUUAACUCGCAAGGCUGGCAUCCAGAUUACCGAGCCAUGAUGGUCCCAUCUUCAUCCACCUUAUGGCCUAAUAAUUCUUCAACCAGUACUACUUCCAGGAACUUGGACAACUCUGAUGUUGAUACAUCACUCCAUCUGUAG